CCUCGAUUUCCCUUGUUGCCUUCCAUCUUUGGUGAUAACCCUGAAGGCCGAUUACCCGACCUUCUCCAACCUUCGGAAACCAACCCUCACAUGCCUCAUCUCUUCACACUCCAACCACAAGAUUCAUCAUCAAGUAAGAGCUUCGUGUAAGCCGUCAGAGGCAGCUCGAGCGAUGUCUUCCACUUCCACAAUGGGCAAUUCUCCAUCUGUCAUUCAGGAAAUUGACUCAUCUUCUGAUAAUCCUUUCGUAGUACACGAGGACACUCUAGGAGAGCGAAUCGCCGCCGAUACUCUCCCUGGUACUUCGAGCAAGCGUCUGUCAGAAAACGACCAGGCUGCGAAUGAACCUCGGCCAAAGCGUCGAAAGACAGAGCAACCUGAAGUCCUGCUCAAGAACCUCCGUGCAGAUGAAUUCAUUGACAAGAUUGCACUGUACAAUACUCCAAUGAUCACGGUAGUUCUCGACCAAGGAGAAUUUUUGUUGCCGAGAGGACUUCUCAAUUACAACUCCGAGUUCUUUGACCGAGCCUUGAACGGAUACUACAAAGAGGCAACACAAGAUUUCAUUCUAUUGCCUGGUUGCUCAAUUGAGUCCUUUAUGCUAGUAACUCGAUGGAUCUAUCACGCGCAGAUCGUGCUUCCCCGCUUCGAAAUCACUUCCAAGAGUAGCCAAACUUCCAAUAACGCUAGAGAGCCGCAGAUCCGAGACAUCAACGAUGAGGAAUUCGUCGACAGUGACGAAGACCCUGCUUGGUUGGAAAGCCAUGCUCGUGACAGCGUCGAGACCAGACCACGUCCACCUGAUACCAAUGCACAAAAGAUCUCCCGACUCUUGGCUUUCCUGAAGCUCGCCGAUAGGAUUAUGCUGUUGGGUCCCUUUGACAGUGUCUUAAUGGCAAUCAAGGAAUUAAUCUUGAGCGAUCGAAAUUGUUUGGAAGCUGAGCAUGUACGUUCCGCCGCUGAACUACCAGCGGGACAUGGAGCUCGCAAACUAUUCGCGCAAGCUUGCCUUAGAGACUACAUCACGAGCAUCUUUCCGAAGUCAGAUAAGGACACUUUCAGAUUCGCCAAAGAAUUGGAGGAACUGGAAAGCUUUUCAAGCGAUUUGUUCCAGGAAUUCAAUCGUGUUCUUCUCGAGAAGAAGACCGAGGUGUUUUCGAGGUACCCAACACGCCACCAGUCAGUCCUAACUGAUCCGAUGGAUGGUUCGUGGAUCAUGUGCAGGAUAGAGAACAAUGAAGUGUGGCCAAAGGCCUACUGAUGUAGUCUAAUUGGGGUAAAACUUUGCUGCAAUUACGGGGCAAGAUUUGAUAUGUUGAUG